ACCUAACAAGACAUGGCGGGACUCCUGCCUCACUUUUCAUCUCGAAAGUAGCAGAAAUCUGUGCUUACUAUUGUAUACCCGGCUUUAUACUUCUGGCCUGUAUUUUUCUUCACUUCGAGGCCUACGGUCAACCAUCCUGAUUGAUACCUAGCCCCGUGUAUUCAAUCUGCGGCUGUGGCCUGACAGUUGAUAGAGAAACAGUGCUGUAAAGAGCCAUUUUUCAGUAUAUUUGACUUACACACGCAUGCAUGUCCCACGCGCUACUACAAACGCUUAUCAAUUCCGUGAAACUGUCAAAAUCAUUCUGUACGAUUAAGAAUAUGCGUACAUACACGUUCGUCAAAUAAAAACAUUCAUGCAGCGUUACCUUGAGAGAACAGUUUCUUUGAGCGCAGGCUGCUGUCCAUCCUGAUGAGGAAAUGAGGACAUCCCCGUCCCCGAGAGUCUCCCGCGUAGUACAGUCGAUUUUCACGGCACCCUCGUAAUCGUUGCUCCAAAAUUACAUUGCAACAUGCAAUGUAAAAUCAACGAUCUGCCCGACGAGCUGUUGGAGUAUAUUCUCAGCUUGAUACCGCCUUACAAGGAUCUCCAGGAGUGCAGGCUCGUUUGCAAACGGUGGUACCGCGCCACCAAAAAUGUGAUAGACCACAAUGAAGCCCACUUCCAAAAGUCCGUCGCCUUUGGCUCCUUGCUGUGGAAUUCGUUGCCUGUGCACUGGAUAUCCAGCAUCGCAAAGAGACACUCGCAUUCUGCCUGCAUAUACGGCAAUUCCAUGUACGUCUUUGGCGGUUGCACCGCUACGUGGACGACGUUCAAUGACCUGUGGCAGCUGGAUUUGGGCACGAGGACGUGGGUCAGACCGAUCACCAUGGGCAGCUAUCCGUCGCCUAAAGCUUGCGCCACGAUGCUUUAUUAUAAGAACAGCUUGAUUUUGUUCGGAGGAUGGUCUCAUCCGUCGCCAUAUCCGUUACUUCAGCAAUGGAAAUUAUUUAACGAAUUACAUAUAUACUCUAUAAAAUCAAACAAGUGGACUGCUAUAAACACGUUAGAGACUCCACCGCCAACGUCCGCACAUUCGGCAACAAUACAUAGGAACUUGAUGGUCGUUUUUGGUGGCGUCAGCAAUGGGUUCAGCACCAAUGAUGUAUGGUGCUUAAAUUUAGACUCCUACAUCUGGCAUAGACAAAAUACAUCGUACUUGAAGCCGCAGCCACGUUACGGCCAGUCACAGGUUGAACUUGGGGAGAAGCAUCUACUUGUGCUUGGAGGUUGCACAGGACCAAAUGCUGCUAUUAAUGAUGCUUGGUUGUUAACGAUGGAAGGUGUGUGUUGGACGUGGAGGAAAGUCAAUAUGCACAAUACAGAAUGGGCGCCAACACGUAUUUGGUGUCAUCAAGCUUGUAAGGUGGGGAAUUAUGUUAUUGUACUUGGCAAAAAUAGACGUCAAACCAAGCCAAAUGAUAUGAGUAUCUCAUCGCUGAAAAAGGUCACCUGUCAAAGGAGUACGUCACCACGUUUGUGCGAAUCAAAUUUUUUGCCUGAAAGACAAGGAAACUUAUCUACCGUGGACAAGGAUGAAAAUAUAAAUGGACGGCAUGGAGCGUUCUCCAGGUCACAUUCGCAAAAUGCGCACGCUUCAUCGCAAGCAUCCAGUCUCCCAAGAACAGUACCAUUUUACAGUGAUAAUACUCUGAGCAUGGCCGCGUUUCGCGAUCAGCCUCUGCGUUGUAAUAUGAAAAUAAAUAGACAACGUCAAUUGGAAUCGCUAAGGAGGAUGGCAGAGAAAAUUCGAAUUAACACACAGCUGACGAAAGUAUCCAAAAAGGCUGAGAACACACUGUCGAUAUUUGUAUUGGACAUUACCAAUGUUCUUUCGGACGACUGCAACGCUUUGUGGAUUCCCUUAAAGCAAAACGACCAUACGGGCCCCGAUGAGAGAAUUCUGUAUUCUCUUGUAGUGGGCAGGGGAGAACUGAUAGUUUUUGGAGGAAUUCGUAAAGAACGUUCGUUAGGCCAACCCGAUGUAGACGAUUCUGUAGUAUAUAAUGAUCUUCAUUUUAUCAAUCCGCCUCGAUAUGUUAUUUAAUAUUGAGAAGCAAUUAAAAGUACUGUCAUUGUCAUAUCGUUUUAUGUUAUUGCCACAAUUUUGUUCAAAGAUUUUAUUUUUAUCCUAUGUAAUCUUAAGAAAACAAAAUAUAUAAUAUUAAAUGUAGCAAAAGUGAUAAGAAACAUAUGUUGAUUAUUUAUAUGAAAUCAAUAUUUAUAUCAGAAUUUAUCUUUAAACUUUAAAUACGUUUACAAAAAGAUAUGAGAAUUAUAUACACAAAAAAAUAUAACAAAAAUAAAUAAAAA